AGGUACCGAUCUGUUCAGAAUCCGGAAUACUGGCAAGCAUUGUUGUUAACGCCCUCGUACUUUGAAAAAAAAAAAAACUGUUCAUUACUGUUUAAACGAAAAUUCGCUAAAAUUAUUUAUUGACAUAGAUAUUGUUUUACACACAUUUUUUUUAUCAAAAUUAUGUUGCCUCUGAGGAGCAAACUUGAAAGGGACCCAAACCUAUUAGGGUCGAAUAUUUACAAAUCCUCUGGCAACCGAUUUGUUUGGUUCUCAUGUAGGAGAGUACCAGUUUUUUCUUCUGCAGUUAUGUUACCGUUACUCGUUAGUAUGACCAUUGGAAAAAUGCAUGUCUACGCCUACCCAUCACACAUACAUUUACACAAUCUGUAGAAGAACAACACCCAAUGUAUCGGGGAUAAUUAUGCAUGAGUUCUAGUGAAGCAUCAUGUCGCGUUUUAAAGGGAUUUUGUUCUCCUUUUUGAUGCUGUACAGCAGCACGUUUGGAGCCAUCUUUUUCCUUACUCCUCUCAUUCCACUUGUGUUCUUUCAACCUAAAGUGGGGCGACAAAUGAUGGACCAAAUGAUAUGGAUCUGGCAGAUAUACGCGGUGUUUCUGGUGGAGAAAUUGUGUGGGGUGAAAGUUGUAAUCACAGGAGAACCAGUGGGGUGUGACGAUAGCACCAUCAUCUUGAUGAACCACCGGACACGCUUUGAUUGGCUCUAUAUCUUCUCUUACAUCCUAAGACAUGGACCUCUCCGUAGAUUCAAGAUCAGCAUGAAAGACAUCCUGAAAAAUGUACCAGGACCUGGUUGGGCCAUGCAGUGUGCUGGCUACCUCUUUCUACAGAGAAAAUGGGAAGCUGAUAAAAAAAUAAUUUUGAGAUGCCUUACUUACUUUAGGAAACUGGGCUACAAACCUCAGAUUCUGUUUUUCCCAGAAGGUACAGAUUUGACUGCCAAUACGAAAAUUCGGAGUAACAGAUUUGCAGAAAAGAAUAACUUGGAACCCUAUGAAUAUGUCCUCCAUCCAAGGACAGCUGGGUUUUCAUUUCUAGUGGAAAAAAUGAGAGAAGUGAUCUCACUGGACUCCAUCCUGGACGUCACUAUAGGGUACCCAGAGAACUUUCCUCAGAACGAGAAGGACAUUCUAGCAGGCAAGUUCCCUGAACAAGUACAUUUCCACGUCCAGUCUCACAGUGAGGCUGAGCUGCCCCAGGACAAGGAGGGAGUGGAGAGCUGGUGCCAGAAGUGCUGGAUGAAGAAGGAGAAACGACUGAGAGAGUUCUACACAGGACCCAGGGUGUUCAAAGACAAACCAAUCCAAACUCGUAUCAGGGAUGAACAAGAAGUUCAACAUUUGUUCAAGUUCACUUGCCUGUUCUGGACUGUGUUCGAGAUUUGUGUUGUGGUGUUCAUGAUCUAUGCUCCGGUUUUAAGAUGGUAUUCUUUGUUUUCUAUUAUCACGUAUGUACUGAUAAGUAAAUAUGGAGGUAUCGAUGUGUUAUUAGACAGUGAGGCAUCAGAUUUGUGUAAAUGAUUGCUUUGAAAUAAAGUACAGUGUAUUUGGUUUAAUCUUAAGCUUUAAUAAGUAUGUGAAUUUAAUCAUUUAAAUGUUUAUUUGUUCUGAGUUUUUACUUUGUUAGAAAUUUGUUACAUGAAUAUAUUCUUGAGAGGGGUCUUUUGUAAAAGAUACUAUGCUUGUAUUCAGAAAGCUUUAAUUUGUAUUGGCUUGUUCAUAUAUCUAUUCAAGUGUAUUACCACAUACAUGUACAUUUUUGAUCACCAUUUACUUUUGUUUUAAUGAAUCAGUACUUUGGUGAGGUUACUAUAGUAGUUUUAAAGUUUUAUGAAACUUGAAAAAGUAACUGGGAUAACAAAAAAAAGUAUGUAUAGGAAUUUUUGAAUGAUAUCUCAAUACCUGUGUAACUUGAAAUUUUCAAACACUUUUUUUUUUUUUAAAUUUUUCAAUUUAUCAUUUAGAACUUUGCAUGCAUUUUCUAAAUUUUCAUGUAUCAGAUUACCUUAUAAGGACAUUUGAUAUACAUGCAAAAAUGUUUUCAGUCAGUUAUUGUGUGUUUGUGUGUGUGUGUGUGUGUCACACACACACACACACACACACACACACACAAACUAACACACACACAAACUAACACACACUAGAAACAGAAAUAUUUGUGGAGGUGUAAAGUUUGUUGGCUACAUUUAUCAGUGAAAUUUUAAAAUCCUUGACCAAUUUUUAAUCCAAAUAUUCUAGAAUGCAGAGUUACAAUCCUGUUAACAUCAGUAAACGAUAUAGCACUUUCACCAUUCAUUACUUUAUAUAAACGUAAUGAAGUGGACAAUAGGUAUAUUUAAGCAUUGAUUUUUUGUUAUACAAACCAAAAUAACUGAGUAACCCGUAAUCAAUGAAUUAGGGACACUUUUUAAAGUUAUUUUUUACUCUCUUAUUUUUCCGUUCUCAAUAAUUGUUACUUAACAACCGAAUUCGACAGUGAUUCCGACCAGCCAAAACCUGUUAUGUAGACACUCGUCUUCUUUGGACACUACAUCAAACACGUGCAACUUACUAACAAUUUGUAUGACCAGGUUAAAUCUCGCUGACAAGAAGAUCAAUUAUAAUUUCCUUAAGAUAGACUUACAUGAAUACAAUCUGUAACUGAUGGUAAGAACUCAACAAGUUAAACAAACCGUAAAAUAGCACGGUUGAAUUGCUAUUUGAAUCAUGAUUAGUCAAUAGCAAUUAACCUGACAAUUCAUUUAAAAAUAUUGAUUCCUGAAUUAUUUGUUUUUUACAAGUAUGUACCAUUUCAAGAUUUGUAAUCGUAAUAUACAUUGACCCUGAUGUCACUACAUUGACCCCGAGGUCACUUCAUUGACCCCGGAGGUCCAAGUUCGAAAUGUAGUCUCUGCUGUUGUGUAAGUUUUGUAAAAAUGUUAGGAAAAAGUUACGCUCACUGAUUCUUGAAGAAAAGACAGAUUCAUAAUGCGGAAUUGCAAUUUCAUGCAAUUUGUUCCCAGGUGUAAUACAAAACAGUGCACGGAGUUGUAGUUCAUUUUGUGAGGCGAUGGUAGUGAGUGAUAAAAAUCUACUUUUGAAACAUUGAAAUUAAAUCUCACAUGAUAUUAGAUUUGGUACUAAAACAACAAAAUUUUAACCUCAUGAAAAUAUGUGCUUCUACAAUGUACAUACACACACAGAUAUAUCUAUACACAAAUGGCAUGCUGUCAAUAAUUAAUUUAUUUCUUAAAAUGUUCUAAUAAAAUAGUGCUAUAUUCAAAAUUUGAUAUUUCAUGAGUUGUAGCAAAACAAUUUUGCCUUUCAAAGAUAUUCAUUUUAUGCUAAUUGAAUAUUUUUUUUAAAGAUUCAUUGCAUAGUAUUUCAGUAAGUUGUGACUGGAUACUUUUUACAAUGUUGGUGUAUUGAGAGCACAUUAGCAUCAUUAUUACAAGCUGCAUAUGGAUUAUAUUUAGUUUGUACAUUAUUUGAUUUUAGAGGAGUAGUGCCAACAUUAGAUUAAUUUAUAUAACAUAUAUCCAAGUUCCACUGCAAGCAUAAAUAUGAUGAACAAUUCACAAUAUCCUGUCACUUUACAGGGUGGAAGGUUGCUUUAUGUGAGUCCUAUGACUUGGAUUUCCGUAUGAUGUGAUUCUUACGAUUUAAUUUACACUGAUUAUGCUCCUGAUAUUAAAUUAUCAAUACUUUAUUUCCAAGUCAUAUCCACAUGUAUUUCAUUCAUCUAUGGAGAAUUGCACCGUAGUGGCAUUUAAAGUUUUAAUUAUAAACAGUUCAAGUGUAUGAAAUACACAUGUAGCUAAAGCACUUAGUAUGGUUUGUGUUUUAUUUUUAUUUUCCUUCUUAUGAUAUUAGAUAGUUGACUCAACCCCUUAUUUACAUAUGUAUUUCAUUCAAUUUAUUUUUACAAUAGUUGAUUUUUUUUUGAUUUUUUUAUUUUUGCUUAGUUGAGCUAACGAUUCAGCAAGCUGGUGCUUGUAUGUUCCUUGUCUGUUCAUUUGUCACUGGUAUCUUAAGAAUCACUAUAAACCCAUUUUCAACCAAACUUGGCACAAAGCAUCCUAAAGUGAAGGAUGUGUUCUUUCAAAGGAGAGAUAAUUGUAUUUGAAAGCAAAGUCCUAAAACUUCAUGAUAGAUUCCUCAGAUUUCAUUUUUAUAAAACAAAGGAUUCAGGGGUGCAAAGUUGUUACACGGGAAAUAUAGUGGGAAAAUUAUCCGAGAAAAAAACUUGCCACAAUGUUAGUUGUUUUAAAAAGAUAAUGUUCUGGCAUCUUCAUUGUGUGUCAAGUUUGUUUAAUCCAUAUUGUCUGUAAGUGUGAUGUUCUACAUAAGGAGUGAACAGAAAGUGUUCUUUAUAAGAACACCUAGGACACAGUGUGUCAAAAUAAUAUCCUGGGGUAACAAGCAUCUUCAUUUUGUAAAUUCCAGAUCACAAAAUCAUGGUCUUUUUUGGACAGGGUUGGGCAGUUGUUGGGGGGUUCAGAGUUUCUUACAACCAACCAAAGAAACUUGCACCAAUGUCAUACAUUUAUAGGCCUAUUUAUGGGAGUAAAAAUCCAUGCUUUUUAUGCCCCCGAAGAUCGGGGGGCAUAUUGUUUUUGUCCUGUCUGUCAUUCUGUCUGAAACUUUAACCUUGCUAAUAACUUUUGAACAGUAAGUGAUAGAGCUUUGAUAUUUCACAUGAGUAUUUCUUGUGACAAGACCUUUCCAUGGGUACCAACAUUUUUGACCCCGUGACCUUGACCUUGGAGUUUGACCUAGUUUUUGAAAACUUUAACCUUGCUAAUAACCUUUGUACAGUAAGUGAUAGAGCUUUGAUAUUUCACAUGAGUAUUCCUUGUGACAAGACCUUUCCAUGGGUACCAACAUUUUUGACCCCUUGACCUUGGAGUUUGACCUACUUUUGAAAACUUUAACCUUGCUAAUAACUUUUGAACAGUAAGAGAUAGAGCUUUGAUAUUUCACAUGAGUAUUCCUUGUAACAAGAUCUUUCCGUUGGUAUUGAACCUUUUGAUCUUGACAUUUGACCUACUUUAAAAUUUUUUUUACAUUGGUCAUAACUUCUUAAUGGUAAAUAUUAGAGCUUUCAUAUUGUACAUGAGCAUUUCUUUUGACAAGAUCUUUCUACUGGUACCAAGAUAUUUGCCCUUGUGACCUUGGCCAUCUUCGGAAUUGGCCAUUAUUGGGGGCAUUUGUGUUUCACAAACACAUCUUGUUUGUAUCAAAAUGUGCUUUCCAGAAUCAGCUGAACUCUGUUAAUUAAGGCAAUCCUAUUUUUAUAUUUCUGCAAAACAUCAAAGUUUAAAAACUGCUUUUCAUUUUCAUUAAAAUUUUGCAUUUUUGUACCAGAAAAGGUUCUUUAUUUUGAUUGGAAGAUAUUUAGUCCAAAUAAUGAUGAAUUUUAUUGCAGAUUUUUUUUAUGCACUGUGAAUUAGACAUGUUAAGAGUUUUUAUCAGUUAUGUGAAUUUUGGAAUUGGCAACAAGGUUCAAAAGCAGGGCAUUUUUUGCACUUUUUCAGUUUCUCUUUUUCAGUACCCUCGCCAUCUUGGAAAUAAAAUUUCUAUAGGUGGUUCCUUAUGUUAAGUAAUAUUGAUAAUACGAAAGAAGAAGAAGAAAUUCUCAGUACCGGGUAAUAUAUAGAAAUAAUGCAUGUACUAGUAUGUUAGCAUCAUCAUGAUGUGUACAUUGAAAUAUGUUCAGUUGUUGGCCACAGAGGUCAAAGUAAGUUAGAAGCUAUAUAUAGGAAAAAUAUCUUCUCAAGAACACACAUGGCUUCAAAUAAAUGUUGAAUAAUCUGUAAAAAAGACUAUAAUUUGUUGAAACAAUGCAAGUGUCUGCAUGCUGUUUAGAUUCAACUUUAUGGAUGUUAAGUUUUAGAUACCUCACUGAUGCUUAGUAGUUGGGUUUGGAAAUUACAAAAUCUCAAGAGUAACGAGGUUACCAUUUGUUGAUUAUGUGCAAUCAUCUGUGUAUCUAGAAUAUUGAUGUAGGUGUGUGUUUGAAUUUUAACCCCGGGGCCAUGAACAGUUUAUUAACAUGAACAGUUUAAGAAUAGAAAUAACAAGAACAAAUUAUGUUUGGAAAUUCUUCGUGAACAACUGUUCAGUUAUGGGCCUGCUUUAUGGGUCCAAAGAUUAGGUGAUUGAUUCCCUACAAAACAUGUUAGUAAGACCAAAGAUUAGAUGAUGGAUUCCCUAUAAGACUGAGGUGACUGAAGGGAGAUUUGUAUACUGAGGUCCUGUGUAGUGAAUUCCCUAUAAGACUGAGGUGACGGAUGGGAGAUUUGUAUACUGAGGUCCUGUGUAGUGAAUUCCCUAUAAGACUGAGGUGACGGAUGGGAGAUUUGUAUACUGAGGUCCGGUGUAGUGAAUUCCCUAUAAGACUGAGGUGACGGAUGGGAGAUUUGUAUACAGAGGUCCUGUGUAGUGAAUUCCCUAUAAGACAGGUGACUGAAGGGAGAUUUGUAUACCGAGGUCCUGUGUAGUGGAUUCCCUAUAAGACUGAGGGGACUGAAGGGAGAUUUGUAUACCGAGGUCCUGUGUAGUGAAUUCCCUAUAAGACUGAGGUGACUGAAGGGAGAUUUGUAUACUGAGGUCCUGUGUAGUGAAUUCCCUAUAAGACUGAGGUGACGGAUGGGAGAUUUGUAUACUGAGGUCCUGUGUAGUGAAUUCCCUAUAAGACUGAGGUGACGGAUGGGAGAUUUGUAUACCGAGGUCCUGUGUAGUGAAUUUUCUAUAAGACUGAGGUGACUGAAGGGAGAUUUGUAUACCGAGGACCUGUGUAGUAUAUAGCUCUAAAAUUAUUCAAUAUACAUGUAAAUACAAUUUUUAUCAUGCAGAAUGUGAAAUAGAGGCAUUGGGGAAACCUUGUUGUCAAUGAGAACUUUGAUACCAUUUUGUACUAUUGCUUAUUGUUGUUGACACAAUGUAAAUAUCUGGGUAUUUCAGUGUUAGAAUGUGUAUACCGCCACGUGUUGCAGUGUUGAUGUAAGGUUACGGUCUAUAGAUUUAUGAUUCUCAGGCUGCUCGUUAAGUAUAUUAGGUUAUUAUGAUGAUUGUUUAUGACGUGAAAAAAAAGUGAAUUUUAAUAUGAAUGAUGUAACUAAUACUGAAAGUUAUCAGUCUGUUGCAUGUAAACUUUACCUUUGACAUAUGACAACCAAUGUCAAAUCAAAUUAUUUAUUAUCAAAUAAAAUGAUUUAUUAUACCUUAUGGUAUAUAAUCCUCACACCA